UACAAAUUAAUCUUUUCCUAACUUUUUCUUUUAAUUAUAAAUUAUUUUUCAAAUAAGAAAUAAAUUAAGUUUUAAAGUUCUGUUUAUAAAUGCUGUGUCGUUGUUAAUCGAACAUGAGGCGCUUUCUUUCGGUGAUCCAAACGCGUUUGGAUUGUCAAAUCAGGAAAAGGCAUUCUCUAGAAAAACCACACAAGAGAUAAUCACCAUAUAAACAUAACAAGUGUCCACAGUAUGCAACAAUUAUUAUAUACUCUCAUCGAUAUCUGACAAAAUGUAUGUGUGGGGUAGUACCGUGCACGGAGAGUUGGGCCUUGGUGGUAUCGAAGACGAACACAUAUUAGCGCCGCGACCAUUGGAGUGGUUUGGUGCCAACAAUAUCCAAGAAGCAGCCUGCGGCGAUUCCCACUCUUUGCUGCUAACGAAAGAAGGCAAAGUAUACUCGUGCGGAAACAACGACUAUGGGCAAUUGGGACACGAACAGCCAAGAAAAAGGCCACGUAUGUCAAUGUGUAAUCAGGUACUUGCCCUCGACGCGUAUCGGAUAUCGCAUGUUGCUUGUGGACAAUCCCACUCGAUGGCGCUUAAUGAAUGGGGACAAAUUUUCACCUGGGGCUCAGAUAUUCACGGACAGUUAGGACAUCAACUCGGCCAACAGACUCAACCAGUUCCAAAAAUUUUGAAAGCUCUGGCUACACUUCAUGUUGUUCAAAUUGCGUGUGGUCAUAAACAUUCCAUUGCCUUAACUAGCGGUAAGUUUGUGGUAGUUCGUUUUUUGAUCACUGGGAAAAGAGAAAUGUACUUAUAUGUAACUCAAUACAAAUCGAGAUACAAAUGCUCAGAAGGGUAAAGUUCAGUCAUUGUAUUUAAAACUAAGUUAGUGUCAGGUAUUGUAGUUUUUAUGGGAGCCCUUAUUUUAACUGAAUAGGAAUUUUAGAGAUGACAUGAAAUUUAAUACCAAGUAUAAUACAAUAACUUUCCUUGUGGAAGGGCACGAAUAUUACUAAUGAUCUCAUAUUUUAGAAUGAUAUCUUUGAUAGCAUAGCUUAUACACACAAGCCAGAUAAAAAUGUGUUUGUGUAUUUUUUAUUUCCUGUUCACCUCCUUGUUUAUUUAAUUAUUUUUGAUUUUACCUAAUGGUAAAAUGCUCCUUGUCAU